AAACCAUUUUUCGAAUUCAAAUUCAUAAUAAGUAUAAAAACUUUGCGUAAAAUUAUUCUCAAUGCCCUACAUAUUAGUACGAGGGCAUUUGACUUCAUACGGACAUAAAUAUACACCUAGAGUGUUAGUAUCAGGUUUAAAAGCACCUGAUAUUGAACAAUUAUCGCGUUUCCCUUCUGGUGGAUACGCUGAUGAUCUAACAAUCGUUUAUCAUACUCAUCCGUGUGUUAUAUUAACUGCAUUAGAAGUGUUAGGCUAUAAAGUAAUUGCAUCUUCGUCUACCACUGUGAAACAGGAUUAUAACGAGUAUAUGUGGACUAUGCGUAAAGAUUUUGCCGAACCAGAACCGGAUCCAUUAAGUAAGUAA